UCUGCAUAUGAUAUGAAUCCAAAUGAGUGCUCUCAUUUGGACCGAAGUUUCAGUUCGUGCACGAAAGUUCAUGUCUUCGCUCGCCCAUAUCGAGAGCCCAUCGAUUGUCAAACACGAACACCAACAAAAUCUUACUCAUUUCGACCCUUCACAGUUUUUCAAUAAUCAGCGAAAAUCCAGACAUUGCACAUUUGAGAACACGAAAAUGGUGCACGCCCAUUUGCUGAGGACGUCAUGUUUGUCGUCUGAUCUCUUCUCUGUGAAUUCUUUGCUGGAUUGGUAUUGCCGGUCCGCUGGAAUGGAUGAUGCACUUAAGUUGUUUGACACAAUUCCCCACCCAAAUGUUAUAUCAUGGAAUAUUAUGAUUUCGGGUUUUAAUCACAGGUCUCAAUUUGAUAUUUCAUGGAGAAUCUUUUGUAGAAUGCAUUCUUUGGGUUUUGAGCCAAACGAGAUCACGUAUGGGAGUGUUCUUUCUGCUUGUAAAUCCUUACAGUCUCUCAUGUGUGGUAAGCAGGUUUAUUCGCUUACUGUGAGAAAUGGGUACUUUUCAAGUGGUCAUGUGCGUGCUGCUUUUAUAGAUUUACUAGCAAAAAACUGUUGCUUUGAAGAUGCUUUGAGGGUUUUUAAUGAUGUUGAAUGUGACAAUGUGGUGUGCUGGAAUGCUAUUAUUUCUGGAGCUGUCAAGAAUGAGGAAUACUGGUUUGCUUUGAGUCUUUACCAGGAGAUGCUUCAUGGGUCUUUAGUGCCAAAUAGUUUUACGCUUUCAAGCAUUUUGACUGCAUGUGCUACACUUGAAGAGCUUGAUAUUGGAAAAGGAGUUCAAGGGCAGGCCAUCAAAUGCGGUGCAAAAGAUGUCUUUGUUGAGACCGCUAUUGUUGACUUAUAUGCCAAAUGCGGGGAGAUAGAUGAGGCGACAAAGGAGUUCUUAAGGAUGCCAAUCCACAAUGUUGUUUCUUGGACAGCUAUCAUAUCUGGUUUUGUGAUGAAUGAUGAUUCUAUCUCUGCCCUCAAACUUUUUAAAGAAAUGAGGAAAACUGGAGAGGUAGUAAACAUAUAUACCAUAACCACUGUGAUUACUGGUUGUGCUAAACCAGGUAUGCUUACGGUGGGAACCCAACUACAUUCCUGGAUUUUAAAAACUGGAUUCUACUGCGAACCAGUGGUUGGAGCUUCUAUAAUGAGUAUGUAUUCAAAAAUUGGAGCCAUAGAUUUGUCUGAGGGAGUGUUUAGAGAGGUACAAAAUAUUAAGAACCUCAGUACAUGUGCGAUGAUGAUUUCAUCUUUUGUUCAGAAUCAGUGUUCCAAGCAGGCAAUUAAGUUGUUUCAGCGAGUCUUAGAAGCAGGCCUCAGACCAGACAAAUUCUGUUGUUCUAGUAUCUUAAGUGUCAUAGAAUGUUUAAUUCUAGGGACACAGAUGCACGGCUAUACUCUCAAAACUGGGUUGGUUUUUGAUCUUUCUGUUGGUAGUUCGCUUUUCACAAUGUACUCGAAGUGCGGUAGUUUAGUGGACUCUUCUAAAGUUUUUGAGCAAAUUCCUUUCAAGGACAAUGUUGCAUGGGCAUCGAUGAUUACUGGUUAUGCAGAACAUGACUGUGCAGAUCAAGCUUUUCUGCUGUUUAGAGAGAUGCUCUCCGAAGAAUCUAAACCCGAUGAAAUGACUCUCACUGCUAUUCUUACUGCAUGUUCUGUGCUUAAGUCCUUACAAAUGGGUAGGGAAAUUCAUGGAUAUGCAUUUCGAGCUGGGUUGGGCAAAAGAACAUUUGUUGGUGGAGCACUUGUAAAUAUGUACUCAAAAUGUGGUGCCCUAGAGUUGGCAAGAAAGGUCUUUGACACGCUACCGCAAAAAGAUCAGAUUUGCCGGUCUUCCUUGGUUUCAGGUUAUGCCCAAAACGGGUUACUUGAAGAGGCAGUUUUAGUGUUCAAAGAAAUGCUGAUUUCUGAUUUGAAAAUCGACUCCUUCACACUUUCAUCUGUUAUAGGGGCCGUUGCACUUUUGGCCAGAUCAGGCGUUGGGACUCAACUGCAUGCCUAUGCCAUGAAAAUUGGCCUCGACUCUGAAGUGUCUGUCGGAAGUUCGCUAGUUACAAUGUAUUCUAAAUGUGGAAGCAUUGAAGUUUGCCGCAAAGCAUUUGACCAUAUUGGUAAACCUGAUCUGAUAGGUUGGACAGCCAUGAUUGUGAGCUAUGCUCAACAUGGGAAAGGUGAAGAGGCUCUAAGAGUCUAUGAGCUUAUGAGGAAAGAAGGUAUCAGACCUGAUUCUGUCACUUUAGUAGGGGUCUUAUCUGCUUGUAGCCACAAUGGUUUGGUUGAAGAAGGCUAUUUCUAUUUUGACUCAAUGAUCAAAGACCAUGGAAUCAAGCCUAAUCAACGUCACUAUGCCUGUAUGGUUGAUCUUCUUGGUCGCGCCGGAAGAUUAAAAGAAGCUGAAGCGUUCAUUAACAAUAUGCCUAUCAAACCUGGUGCUUUGGUAUGGGGAACCCUACUAGCUGCUGCUAAAGUACAUGGGAAUAUUAAGCUUGGAAGCCUAGCAGCCAAAAAGGCCAUGGAAUUAGACCCAGGUGAUGCUGGAACUUAUGUGUCCUUGGCAAACAUCUAUGCAGAUGUAGGCCAGUGGGAAGAAGUUGUGGACGUUAGGGAUCUGAUGAAGGGAACUGGAGCCAGAAAGGAACCCGGUUGGAGUUCUGUGUGAAGGGUGAUUAUCACUCACUGGUAAGUUUUGAUAA